UGUGGUUCCGGCAAGUCAGAAUCCUUAGACUUGCUUGUCUCGCCUCCAGUGGAGUAACGCUGACAGCUAUGAGCAAUAGUUUAUAUUACUUUUAAACAUGAAUUCAUUUUCCUCCCUGAUUCUACAGUUUCAAUGCCAUUCCGGAUCAUAACCCGUUAAUAAUGUAAAUGGAGCCGUGGUCGACAAUGUGGAUAUAUCAGGCGUGUAUUUGUGUUUUCGUAUUCUGAUCUGCUAAGUAUGCACAACAAACCGUGAUGAGCCAACCAGUUUGCGCUGAAACUACCCAGGAAGGUCAAGGCGUUGCGAGUGGGCCGAAGGGUGUCUGGCAAUCUGUACUGUGGUGGCAUCCUGACAGCCUUGAUGCACAAAAUCGAACUAAAGGCACAACAAAAAUUAAGAAAAUAUCCACCACCUAGACCUGUAGUGCUGAGGUCAAUUCACUCUCAGAUUUAAAUCUUCACCUGUCAAGAUGAAUACAGUCAGAGGUGGUACAGUUACCUGGCGGCCACAGCCAUGGCAGGAUGCAGAGAGAGGGGGUGGAGAGCCUCUCUCGGAUAGCGACUCGGAGGAAGAGGAUUUUCCAGAUGAUCGCUCAACUCCUUUGGGGGAAUAUGUGACUCAUGGGUUAAAGCAGCUACUUGAUGCUCAGCAGCUGUGUGAUGUCACUCUUUUGGUGGAGGGAAAGAAGUUCAUGUGUCACAGAGUUCUUUUAGCAGCAGUCAGUCCAUAUUUUCGCGCCAUGUUUACCAGCCCUCUUGUAGAGUCUCGUCUCACUGAGAUCCGACUGGAGGAAGUGACGCCCUCUGUUAUGGAGACAGUUAUUCACUUUGUUUAUACAGGGGAAGCCGGUCUUAGUCUCGACACAGCAGAGGAUUUAUUUGUAGCAGCCAAUCGUCUUCAAGUGAUGCCCUUGCAGGACCUUUGCUCUAGAUUCCUUUUUGAACACCUCUCUGUGGAGAAUUGCCUGGGUAUGUACUCCCUGGCUCGUUCACAUCAUGAUCAGCUUCUCCUUCGGGCUUCUUUGCGACUUGUGGGCCAGCAUUUCCCUCGAGUGUCCCGGCAGCGGGAUUUCCUCCUGUUGGACCCAGGCACUCUUGGCAGCUUGUUAGAGUCUGAUCGAUUAGGAGUAGAGUCGGAGACAGAAGUUUACAAUGCAGCAAGACGCUGGGCAGAAUACCAGCCUGCUGAUCGCUACAUCCACAUGCCUAAUUUGUUACGUCAUUUACGCCCUGGUCUUUUGGACCCUGAAGAAAGUCACCGUCUGAACCAAGAACUUGGGUCUCAGGCCAGUACUGAGGGCAUGGGAGGACCACUGAGGCCGCGAGAAGGCAUGUUUGAGAAGAAAAUUGUUUGUGUGGAUCUUAAACCAAGGGAGGAUGAGUCUUUACAGGAAAGAAACUUCACAGUAGAUUGCUUUGACCCACGUACAGGGAAGUGGGAGAAGUUGGCAGCCUUGGGCUCGUUGCUUUGCCCCGGCUGCAUUGCUGUUGGAGGUCACUUGUUUGUGGCGGGUGGAAUUCUGCGGACAGGCCAAGUGUCAUCAUCACUGCAUGAGUACAAUGUUGUGCGAAACCGCUGGAUUGCACGGCCAUUAAUGGCUGAACCACGGGCAAUGUUGGGGCUGCUUGGCUGUGGAGGUUUCUUAUAUGCUCUGGGUGGCUGUAACCGAUCAGCGUUUCUAGACACAUGUGAAAGAUUUGACCUUAACACACUCACCUGGGCAUCAGGACCUCGUUUGCCAUUGCCAUUGCGCUCUUUUGCUUGCGCUGCCCUCCGCGGUCGCCUCUACUUGCUUGGAGGUACCACACUGGAGCAGAGUAGGGCUGUGGUGCAUGCAGGCGUGCUUAUAUACCACACCGUUACACAGACCUGGAGCCGUGUUGCGUUAGACUCUGGUGCCACCUGCCUGGCUGGAGGAGUAGCAGUACGUGGUGGUGUUUGUGCUGUCGGAGGCUACUUGCGUGAUGCAGCCAAGUUCCUAGAUGGCAACUACACCCAGGCCGAACCACUAGAUGCUACAGGACGUGUGUUGUUUUUCCGAGAAGGACGGGGAUCAGGAAUUGAGCGGGAGGUGCCUGUUCCAGCAGACCGAGGGGCUGGUGGUAGCGACCGUGCCCCUAGCCCAGUGGUUUUUCCUGGUCUGCCAAGGCGCAUUGCUGCUGGAGGUGUGGCAAGAUGGAAGCGCAGGAUUUAUGUGUUGGGUGGCGAGAACGGGUCGAGAUUUUAUGAUAGUGUAUACUGCUGGAAACCUGGCUGGCGUAGCUGGGUCCAAAGACGGGAAAAAUUACCAGGAGAGACAGGAGGAGUUAGCCAGUUUGGAUGCACCACUCUGAAGUUCCCAAAAAAACACAUUUUGACGCGUCUUCGAGCUGCUCAACAGAAACGGGGGAAGGAAAAAAGGCCGAUACGGUCAUGCAGAAUCAUGCGUAUUGAGAGGACAAAUCAGGUGUGAUUUUUAGAGAUGAGAUAUCAUUUCUGUCACCUAGAUAUGUUUUUGCUCCUAAUUUUACAUCUUAAAUCUUGGUUGAUUUCUUGAUGUUCUGGAAUCCAUUAUGUCAUUACUGCAAGUUGAACAUAAGUUUUCAUUUCUAAAUAUAGACAAAAAAGUACAGAAAUGCAUAGGAUAUUUGUACGAUCUCAGAAUGUUCAUCAUGUGAAGAUGCCAAGAGAGUUAAGUUGCAAGUUAACCAGAUUUUUAGUGCAGUGCUAAAAGACUUUCUACGGUUCAGAAGCAUUGAUAACUCUACACAGAUGCCCAAAUUUCUUCUUGAAACUUUCUCAUCUUUAAGAAUGAGAAAUCAAAAGCUUGAAUCACAACAGAAUUCUUUUUUUUUUUCUCUCUCUCUUUGUAAACUAGCUAAACUUCAGUAGGAAAACGAAAUAGAAAGGAAUAUCAUUAGGAAAAAGGCAGUGAGGUUUUUUUUUAUUUAUCUUUAUCACUGUGAUGCUGAAUAUAGAUUGCUACCUUACAAAAAUUUACCAUGGUAACCAUAGCUCCCACCAAAAUACCAUUGUUGCUACAGUUAGUGUUACUAAUGUAUAAUCAUAAUAAAUUCAUAUUUGAUCUCCCUUGCUCAGUUUGAGUAGGUUUCAGACUCUCUCUGCCAUUUUAAUUAACUGUGGCUGUGUCAAGUUACCACACUUUUAUUUAAGAGUACUGUCUAUAGUGAGUGUAUGUGGAAUCCAUGGUUACCAUGGUAACUUACCAUCUUACCAUGUUCUUAAAAUGUUGCUUAACAGCUGUUAUCAAGUGGGUCUUUUCAAUGAUCUCUGAUUAAAUUUACUAUGUUGCAAACUCUGCUGUACCUGAAAUGCUCUUAACUCUUGUUAACCAGAUGAAUUAUUGGUCCUUUGAAUAUGUCAUUCUAGGAUGUUAACGAAUUCCUACAGAGGAGCCUAACAAAGUUGGUGGCCUCUUGGAAACAGAAGGUUGACUAGAUUGUGUGAUCCAGCAUAUUUCAAAGUUGCUCCAAGGGUGAUGGUCUGAAAUUAAUUCAACUCCACUCCAGGAGGGCAACUGCAGAGUUUAUUUACACACCUGCCUGUCAUUUUCAUAUAAUCCCAAAUAUAGUCUCUGUGGAACAAAUAUGGGUGUUUUCCAAUUUGUGGGUGUUUUCAAACCAGGUUGGUCGUUUCUAAACUAUCCAAUGAAAAUAGGGAAUCUCAAUGUAGUAAUCAGUGGGUGUUCCCAAACCAGGAUGGGUGUUUCUAAAUUAUCCAAUGAAAGUAGGGAAUCUCAGUGGUUUGAAUACGCCCACUGAUUGGGAAAAGCCCAUUUUUGUUCUGCAGAAACAUAAAUCUCAAUAAUCCCGAUGACCUUGAUUAGCUGGUACUGGUGUGUUUUAUUUAUUGUUUGAGCUGAACUCUGCAGGACGGUGGCCAUCCAGGAGCAGGGUUGAAUAUCCCAGACUUAUGGUUGUAGUUGUGACCACAGCAGCUUUGUGUGGCUUGGCAUUUAACUUUUGAAGGGUCAAGUUAUGUUUCCUAACAUAGUUAUUGAUGAUUUUCUGCACAGUCACACACACUGUUCAGCUUGUCCUCAGUGAUGUUGAUCAGUAUAUAUACCGAUCAGCCACAACAUUAAAACCACCUACCUAAUAUUGUGUAGGUUCCUCUCAUGCUGCCAAAACAGUGCCAACCUGCUAUUCUGAGAUGCUAUUCAACUCGCCACAAUUGUACAGAGCGGUUAUCUGAGUUACCGUAGACUUAAUCAGUUUGAACCAGUGUGGCCAUUCUCUGUUGAUCUCUCUCAUCAACAAGGAAAACAAGGUUUCCAUCCGCAGAACUGCCGCUCACUGGAAGUUUUUUCUAGAGACUGUUGUGUGUGAAAAUCCCAGGAGAUCAACAGUACAGAAAUACUCAAACCAGCCCGUCUGGCACCAACAAUCAUUCAUGCGAUUAUCUAAUCAGCCAAUCGUGUGGCUGCAGUGCAUAUAAUCAUGCAGAUACAGGUCAGGAGCUUCAGUUAAUGUUCAAAUCAACCAUCAGAAUGGGGAAAACAAUUUGAUCUCAGUGAUUUAGACCGUGGCAUGAUUGUUGGUGCCAGAUGGGCUGGUUUGAGUAUUUCUGUAACUGCUGAUCUCCUGGAAUUUUCAUGCACAAAAACAAAAAACAUCCAGUGUUGCGGAUGGAAAUGCCUUGUUGAUGAGAGAGGUCAACAGAGAAUGGCCAGGCUGGUUCGAACUGACAAAGUCUAUGGUAUCUCAGAUAACCGCUCUGUACAAUUGUGAUGAGAAGAAUAGCAUCUCCGAAUACUAUUCUGAGAUGAGGGUUGGCUCUGUUUUGGCGGCACGAGGGGGGCCUACACAAUAUUAGACAGGUAGUUUUAAUGUUGUGGCUGAUCAGUGUAAAUCUGUAGUAGAUUAAUGACAUCUUACUUAUGCUCUCAUCUCAUUUGAAAGUUUUUAACAAAAGAUUGUAAUGGAAACCAAAUGACUGCUUUUUGUAUGCUUUCAUAGUUUUUUUUUUUUCUCUCAAAAUUAUUAUAUUUCUGUCAUACAGCAAAAUGUUUUUCUCAGAGACAAAAGGACUCUUGAAUUUUCAUCUGAUGACAAACAGGUCUGUUUGUUUUAAAAGGCCUAAAAUUGUAAAAUAUUGAAAGCUGUUUGAAUGAAAAAUGAUCUGUGCUACCAUUUGCAUUACAAUAAAUUGAACGUAAGUUUG